CUCCCCUUUUGUCGUCGCCUCACCCGUAUCACCCAUGCGCUCCCACCAGUGAGUGACCAGGCCACCACUACCGCCCACCCACUCGCCGCGACUCCCAUCGCCGCCGCAGUCCAUGUGGCGUCGCCACCUCCGCGGUAUAUAACCCAACCGCACCUCCACCGUACCCACUUCCUCUUCGACUUCCCCACUUCAACUCUCUUUCAUCUAUUCGAUCCGAUUCCAUGGAGAGAACUCUUCCGGGCACAACAAUGGCCGUGCACCAGGCGCGCUUCGCCGGCGUCCUUCCGCCAUGCGCCUGGUACGGGGAGCUCAACGACUACGGCGCGCUCCUGUCCGCCGCGUCUGCCAACGGCGGGUGGCAGUACGACUGCGCCGCCGGCGGCGGCGUGGCAAGCGGCGCGCAGAGCGAGCUGACGUGCAACGGUGGCGCCGCGGUGGCCCUGCCCUCGCGGAAGCGCGGCAGGGAGGACGAGCCCGAGCGGCACUACGUGGCGGCGGCCUCGUCGGCGGCGCUCCUGCCGAUCCCGGGGUGGCACGAGACAGCCCCCGUCGCGCACCAGCCCCCAGCGGCUGUUGCGAGCCGGAUGGCGCAGUCGCCAGCGGCGGUCACGAGCCGGAUGGCGGAGUCCGCGAUGGCGUCGACGAGCGGCCGGCCGGCCGCCGCGGUCGCCGCGUCGUCGGUGGCGGAUGCGCUGGUGGCCGAGAUGUGCCAGCAGAGCGCGGAGGUCGACGCGCUGGUGCGCGCCGAGUGCGACCGCCUCCGCGCCGGGCUGGAGCAGGCGCGCAAGCGGAGGUGCGUGGCGCUGGCGAGCGCCGCCGCGAAGGGCGCGGCGCGCGCGCUGCGGGACCGGGAGGUGGAGCUGGAGGCGGCCCGGCGCCGCGCGGCGGAGCUCGAGGAGCGGCUACGGCAGGCGGCGGCCGAGAGCCAGGCGUGGCGCGGCGCGGCGCGCAGCAGCGAGGCCGUCGCGGCCGGGCUCCGCGCCACGCUCGCGACCAUCCUCCUCGGCGGCGGCUCCGCAGCGCAGCCCGCAGAGGAGGGCUUCGGCGACUCCGGGUCGUGCUGCUUCGUGGCCGACGCCGACGACGCGCCGGUGGUACACGCCGCCACCGCCUCGUCCUCGGGUAGCAGCAAGUGGGCGUGCCGGGCGUGCGGCAGCGGCGAGGCGUCGGUGCUGCUGCUGCCGUGCCGGCACCUGUGCCUGUGCAGGGCGUGCGAGCCCCGGGCGGACGCGUGCCCCGUCUGCCUCGCCGCCAGGAGCGCGUCCAUCCACGUCGCCGCCGACUGACCGAUGACCACCGGAGGUCGCCACGGCGCGCGUCGGUUGGCUCCGUGGGCCGUGUCGUCAACUGACAUUACUCCAGAUGCGUAAUUAGUAGGCUGUUAGGUCGUUAGAUGAGCUCGAUCCCGUUCGUUUGUUCUUUCCGGGAGUUACGGCCCGGUGGAUGAUUUGUUCCGUCUUCUGUUGAAUGUGAAUGAGCAUCUGCCGCAGCUACGUGCUUCUGGUCCAAACCCUAUACUGGCCACGGCGGAGCAGAGCGGACGCCGUCGAUCUGCCACCAGGCCGUGUGGGCUCACGUGCGUCGUACGCCGCGUCAUCCAAGCUUUCGUUCAGAGAAAGCGCGAGGAAGAGGCCCGACGAGGAGUCAUCAGCACAGAGCACACGGUGUAAACAGUUGCCAUGCAUCGGGCAUCGGCGUUUGUUCUUUUCCUUGCCGUGCCGUUCCUGGUUUGCUAUCGUCCUUUGCAUCAUGACAGGGAUAGAUGGCUGCUUGUACGUAAAGUAGUACUUGUCCGGUCCUAGCCAGCUAGUCUUUCUCCUUUUGUCCUAGCGAUCUCUGUUUCACAUUUACCGCGUCGAUCACUUGAUUAGGGCUUCAGUUUUGCACGUGUUAGCCUGUUAGGGGGAAAACCAUACAGAUCAGUUCAAAAUGGUGAGGCAUCAGGCAUGGAGUCACAUCAUUAGCCUUGUCUCUACCAACCUACGUGCAUACGGCCCAUGCCCGUUCUGCUC